CAUUCAGCGAAAUCAUUCGUGCGCACAGCCACAGUGCAGUGUGUGUGUGGGUGGGUGGGUGUGGGUGGAAUGUUAGUUUUUUGACACAUUUGUUUAAAUCUAGUCGAUUAUAUAAAUAACCCUGGCAUUACAGGAUUAUAUACAGUUUAGUCUUCACUUUACAACAUGGAAGAUGAUGCCAGUGUUGUAUUUCUUCUCGCUGAGUUCCUGCUAAUAUCCAUAUUUACCCUCUGAUCUAAAUGCGUUGGUGUGUGACCAGUACACUGCUCUAAUCCCACAGCUAUCAGGAGGAUUAUUCCCCCAUUAAGUGAUUGCUUUUGGAAAUUAAGUACUGUGGUUUGUGAUCUACCUCUCUCGCACACACCACACACACACACACACUCGGAGAGAGGACACCAUCAGAUCAGAAACACGGUGCUGACACUGUGACAUGUAAGAGUCCUUCACGGCCAUUGGUGUGUUUAUUCACUUGGGUAAACGUGUUUGAGGUGAACGAGCAGAUUUGACUGACAUGCUGCAGGUGAAAUGCUUCAGUCAUGUUUUUCUUUAUAGCAUGGUUCAUGGUCCUGCCUCAUGGCAUGAGCGUCUGGUCCUGCUCUAGAUCCUGUCCCCCCAGCUGCAUAUGCACUCAGGAGAAAAGCUGCACUGUGCUCUGUGAUCGUGCCAACAUGGUCGAGCUGCCCAGAGUUUUCCCCUGCGAGGCCUCCUCCAUCAACCUGGAGAAGAACGGUCUCAAAUUUUUAUCAGAGCGAGCUUUUGGAACACUUCCCUCUCUCAAAUCCCUCUUCCUGGACCACAACAACAUCUCCUUCAUCACACCAGGAGCUUUUAAAGGCCUUCCCAACCUGCUGGAGCUCACGAUGGCCCACAACGAAUACAUCCGCUAUCUUCACACACGGACCUUCACUUCCCUCAAAUGCCUCGUGCGCUUAGACCUUUCGAGCUGCAACCUGUUCAGCAUGCCUGACCGCGUCUUCCUGGAACAGAGCUCCCUCAGAGAGUUCCUCUGCUUCCAGAACAACUUCAGACGCAUCCCAAGCGCCAUACGAGGGAUGGAGAACCUGACGCAUGUCUACUUGGAGCGCAAUAAGAUUGAAGCAGUAGCCUACAAUUCUCUACUGGGACUUUACAACAUGAGGUAUCUGAACCUACAGGAGAACCGGAUCUCUGUCAUCCAUGAUGAGGCCUUUAAGGACCUACGACAACUAGAGAACUUUUAUCUUAACGACAAUCUGUUGGUUGACUUGCCUAAGAAAUCUUUCAAAGGCCUCGGCCAUUUAAAGAUGUUAAAUCUGGGUGGUAACCUGCUGACCAAUAUCUCCAACACCUGGUUCGGGGACCUGGUGGAACUGGAGGUUCUCUACUUGGAUCGGAACUUCCUGUCAUUUAUAGACGAGGGUGCCUUUGAGAAUCUGACCAGCCUCAUGACACUGCAUCUCAACAGCAACAAGCUGAACACACUGCCUCUCUCCGUUUUCCAGCCCACCUACUUCAUUGGCCAUCUGUAUUUGUUCCGCAAUCCCUGGGAGUGUAACUGUGAGCUGGAGUGGCUGAAGGAGUGGAUGGAGGUCUAUAAGCUGGUGAGGGAUAUCCCAUGUGCAGCCCCUGCUUCAGUAGCUGGUCUGGAUCUGAGCAUGGUGCAGUACACACGUGUGAACGGUACUUGCGUUGGCCCGGGAGAGCUGAACCUCACCACAGAUGUUCCGGAUUACAGCAGCACACGAAGCAAGUUUAACAGCCUGAUCUCCAAACUGAUGAACCAGGAACUCAGGGAGGAGGUGAGGAACUUUACUCAAGCCCAGAAGAAUGGAACAGUGCUGGAACCAGCAGAAGGUCAGGUUUCCACUGCUCACAGACCUUCUAGUGUUGGAUUAAUCCUGCCAGUGCUGCUCCUCAUCCAGGCUCAGACUGGCUGCUUAUUAGACUUCACUAAUUCUUAAUAAAGCCGUGUCUCAGGUCUGCUGGAAGACGUUUGCCAAGAAUGUGUUUGGACUGAAAGUUGUGAUUAAUUCUUCCAUCAGACUGUGAAAAAGAAGGAAACUCCUUUAGCGAUUUUGAUUGAUUUAUUUUCCUUUGAGCUCUGAGGGGAUUUUAAAAACCGCACACAUGAGGGCAGAGGAUUGACUGUGGGCAUCUUCAUAAUGGAAAAUCUUAGUUUAAAGAAUUCCUUUAUAUUUUAAUAAUGUAUUUGUAGUGAAACGUAUUGUAUUUAUCCGCUUCACUUCCUGUCAGUAGUAGCAGCCAAUGUUACACACCGACUCCUGAUUCUUUCAGGCAGAUUACAUUUAGAAACGCGUGAAUUCUAUGUUAAAAUAUUAAUGUAUUGCACUUAAACCAGAUAAAAAAGUUUACCGCAUUGUGAUAGUAAAUCAAUCGCCAGUGUUGUAGUGAAAAUGCAGUACGUGUGUGUUCUAAUAAGACCAUUGUGAAUGUUACCGUAAAAAAAAAAAAAAAGUGGUGGUUUAAACCCUGCAAAAAUCCCAGUUAAGCUGCAGCUUUAGUGGUGUUUGCUACGGAAUGUGGAUUCGGAUUGAUGCAUAGGUCACAUUGGAGUGCUUUUAUACCAUGAACUUUGCCCUCAUUAAAAAAAAAAAAAAAAAAGAGUGCUUUGCCCUUUAAAUCAGCUAACAGGGUUUGGCAGCAUCACGUUUAAUUAGAGCUGGUAUCUGGACUUUAGCAGUACUUUUCCUACCAGAUAAGCAGAGAAACAUUUUACGGUUACGGCGUUUGGCAGACGUCAUACUCCUUCAUCCAGUGUGACUUAAAUUUAUCUCAUUCAUACAGCCCAGGAGUGGCAGCUUGUGAUGGUGGGAUUUAAACUCAUGACCUUCUAAACCAAAGUCAAGGCCUUAACCACUGAUCUCCAGCAUUCCCUGUAUUAAGUUCAGAAAUAAUCACGUGCUUAAAGAGCUCACACUUUAGGACUGGGAUUGUACUGGUCAACAAAAAAAGAAGUCUCUGUAAUCUAGGGGGCAUCUGUAAGGUCCUCAGUGUGUUCCACUGCCCUGUGAUGCAGCAUGAGCAGUAGUGUGAAGAGCAUCGCGCUGUUUGUUGCUUGUACGUGUCUUGGAGGAGGCACGCUUGCCUUCAGCACUCAGGAAUGGUAGAGCUGUAUACUGGGACUUGGAGCGCUGAAUUGUUAGUGGGAAUUGGCUGGUGAUCCCACUGGGGAGACUGAGGGAAGUGCAUGGGAAACGCUCGGAAUUCCUUCAUUAACAGACAGGAGUGAGAUUAUAAACAGUUAUUUUUGCACACCUUCAGCCAAGAGAACUCUAUUCUCAGAUGCGAGUUUAUCUACUGGAGCUCCUCAGCUUGUGAUGAAGUGCGUCUUGCUGUGGGGGUGUGACAGCAUGGGGACUGAUGUAGUGCAGAGAAGUUUAUGAUUGAACUGGAAAGUCUAUAGUCAUUUCCUUCCCCCCCCCCCCUUAGAUGUUUUUAUAAUAAGUGCAUGUAGUGUGCAGUUGCGUUAGCCUCACCGCUCCUCACGUAUCAUAUCCCAGAUCACAAACCUGGGCAUUUAUCAUACUAGGCUUUAAGCUCAGAGGGCCAGACAGGAUGUGACCUCCUACAGCUGUAGAAAAAAUGCACUGAAGAGAUGAGAAAUGCUUCCAACUCACGGCCAGACGCCUAACAAAGAGCAGACGACACCGGACUUCACCACAGAAAAGGAAAUAUAUUUAAAAAAACAAACAAAAAAAAGGAUCAUACUGACAGCUGCUCAGAUAUCAGCUGAGGAAUUUACACAGGGCAGUCUGAAGUAAACAGUUUGUCUUAUACAGAAUCAUUCAGAUUAUUAAUUUUGCAAGUUUCUUUUGUAAAAUGUGUGUGUGCACCUCCGUCUGCAACAGUUACACUGAAUAAAAAUCUGGUUUCUUCUUAUGAUUCGGCUUCAUGAAAACAUUAAUACUCUUAGAUGCCAUUUCUGUAAAUGGUAAAACCAGAAUCGUUUUUUUUUUCUUUGCUUUUUUUUUUUUUUUAUACAACAAAUUAAAUCGAGACAUGAACA